AUGCCAGCUAAGGAGCUUUUAAUUGAUCCAAAUCGCGAAGGAUUUGGCAGAUUUUUCAAGUUUUCAACUUCAUAUUUAUGCGAGUUUCGUCCUACAGCCACAGGCCCACAGCACACUGCACACUCAUCCCCAAUUGCCCCAUCCAAUCCACGGGUUUCAUCCUCCAAGAAAAACGAGCAGCCCUCGGUUUUACUCCUCGCCGUCAAUCCCUCCGCCCCGUCCCCAACCCUCGAUUUCACUCCUCGCCGCGACGCCGCCCGGUCCUACAGCCACAGAGCCACUUACCUCGCUGAGUCGCUGAUAUCUUCUCCUUACGAGCAACUGCAGCUUUGA